UCCAUGUCGUCGUCGUCGUCUUCGUCGGCAUCGCUGCCGGUCAAGGGAAGCAAGGCCAAGAGCAAGAAGAGCAAGGGAGGUGUGAAGAAGAUGCAGCAGGAGGCGGAGUCCAUGAGUGAGAGCGACAGUGUGGCUCAGAGUUGCGGGUCGGACGCUGGGGCCGACGACUCGGGCUCGGGUGAGAUGGAACCGGCAGGCGCCGACGACUUUGCCAUCAGCCUGGAGGAGCUGAUGCCGUCGCAGGUCUUUGAGCUGGCACGGCUUCUGGGCUCGGACAAGGUGAUGAAGGAGAACAAGGGAGUGGACGAGAUCGAGGCCAUGGCCGUCGCGCUCCGGCUCCCGUGCCAGGACCUGAUCGACCACCUGGGCUCGCGCGAGAUCGCCUCGGAGCUCCUCGCGCUCUCCGCUGUCGAUCUGGCCGAGCUGGAGGAGCGAAUGGCGAUUGUGGACGAGCCCGAGCUUCCGCCGCCGAACCCGUUUGCCGAGUUCCACCGCGCUAUGGCCAAGUCAGAGCGCAAGCGCAAGCGGCGCGAGAAGGGCCUCGACUCGGACGAGGGAACCAACUCGGACGAGCUGUCGGACGAGUCGCGCGAGCGCCGCGCCCGUAAGCGCGCCCGCCGCGAGCGCCAGAAGCAACGCCGCAAUGCCAAGAAGGCCGCCCUCCUCGCUACUGAGGACGGCAAGGCUGUCCUUGCCGAGAAGAACCGCCGCCGCAAAGAGGCCCGCAAGGCGAGCCAGCUGCGGAAGAAGAUCGCAAAGCUGGAGGCCUCCAUCGCUGCGGGCAAGAUCAACAGGUGGAAGGCCAGCCUCACGCUGGACGAGGCCAAGGAGUAUGAGGAGACCAAGGCCGUGCUGCCGUGCCGCCUCCCCAACGCCCAGCGUCUCCGCCUUGAUAAGUACACUGCCUUUGAGUGCCACAGGUGCAACGCCCUCAACGGCUCGCUCAUUGUCUUCUUCUUGGACGGCCAGCCCAUCUGCAACCCGUGCUACACUCCGCUUGUCCCGCCCAAGACUGCCGAAGACAUCGCAGCCGCCAAGAUUGCAGCCGCCAAGAAGAAGAAGGCCAAGCAACUGGCCAAGCACCGCGCCCGCCAUGCCGCAAAGGCCGCCGCUGCCGCUGCGUCGGCUGAUGCCGGCUCCUCAGCCGCACCCGCAAACGAGACUAACGAGUCUGGGAAGGGCAAGGCCGAAGACAAGGCCAAGGCCAAGGACAAGGCCAAGGACAAGGCCAAGGACAAGGCCAAGGACAAGGCCAAGGACAAGUCCAAGUCCAAGUCCAAGUCCAAGUCCAAGUCCAAGAAGAAGUCCAAGUCCAAGGACCAAUAA